UGGUUAUACUUGCUCAAGGUGGAAGGGAUAUUUUAGGUUAAGUUAGGUUGUGAUGAGUGUGUAUGUACGAGUCUUUUAUAAUAAUUACUUUCUCGCAGUAUAGAAACACUGCUCCUAAUUAGUUUAUGAAAGUGGCAUAUGAAUGUGUACGUUGUACUACAAUAUGUACAUUUGCACAUCGAAACGCACGUGAGCAAAAGUUGUGGUUGUACCCAAAGAGUGUGUUCCGCGCUGUGAAUUGCUUUUAGGAUUCUUCGUAAGAAUUAGUAAUUGUUCUUGUAUUUUUAUUAUGAAGAGACGUCAGAGAAGGCCGGUGUUAACGAUAGAUAAGCCGCAAGGUAGAUACAAGCCAACAAACAGUGUACAACCUAUACAAAAUGAAGUUGAAAAUCCAUUGGCCAAUUUAUUAUGUCAGUAUAAUUCUGACAGUGAUACAGAGGAUUCCAAGAAAGAUGUACAGAAAUUGGAUGAUGAAGUCAAUGAUUUCUUUAAGGAAAUUCAACUUAUUGCUCCAAAACAACCCACUUGUAAUGUUACUAAAGAUCCAAACUUAGCAGUUAAGAUGAAUCCACAAUCUAUACAUCGUACAGGUCAACAAACAUUAUGGCAAGAAUGUUAUGACGAAUCUAGUGGUUAUCCUUAUUACUGGCAUGUCGAAACUGAUGAGGUAACAUGGGACAUGCCAGAGGAAUUACGCCUGAUAAGGAAACAAUCUGAAAUGGAAUCUGUGAUAAAACCUUCAAUUCAGAGUCCUCAUUGGAUGGAAUUUUCAUCUAUUGCAUAUCGACAGUCGCAAGCAAAUAUUCCUGAGGGCAUGAUACCACAGGAAGUAGUAGCAAGGAAUCGUAACAGAUUUAUCCACAAGGAGACACCAAAGAAAUGUAUUUCGGAAAGUAAAGUGGAGACAAAAAACGAAUCUCCUUCGAAAGAUGAUGAUUCUGACGAUGGACGGAUAGAAAUGAUAACAUCCUUUGGUAGCGAUGGGAGCGACUCGGAGGAUGAUAAUAAUUCCUCGGAUGAAAAGAAAACGUCGGUAUUACCAUCUGAAUCAAGAAAUUCAAAUUCUGUGUCGUACCCAAAGAGUAAUGAAAUAGGACCUGCGCUUUGUCCUGUGGGAAUGCAAUCGUCUGCUAAAAAUUUGUCUCAUCCUUAUAAACCUGACUCAACAAAAUCGGUUAACAUAUCAAGUUCGACGAAUCAAUCCGACCAGUCUGACGAGAACAAAACGGUUGAGUCCGAUAGCAAUAAUACUAUGCUUCAAGGAGAGAAAGAAUUUUCUACGGAGAAUAAAGGUAGAAAGGAUAAAAGUACAAAGCACAACAUGGUUCCAAAAUUAGAUAUCAACGUUUCUUUGGUGCCUGGUUAUGGAGACGAUUCGGACGUAGAAGAAGAAACGAGACCCAAGCAGGAGAUAAAACCUCUGUUUCCGAUCGCCCAAGACGAAGAUUAUGCAAGCACGACCAACACAUUGAAGGAUACUCACAGCGCUCUCACGAAAAGUUCUAGCAAUGUGCAAAGUUCCGAUCAAAGUAACGACGGUAAUGCAGAUACUCGAGAAAUAAAAGGGGAUCAUGAAAAAACGGAAGAGAAGGAAUCGAAGGCGGACGAGGACAAGAUGAAGACUAAUAUAUUCCUCGAGGACAUGCAAAUGUGCGGAAAGGCUUUCCAACGGAAGAAGCGAAUAGCAUUUGACGUUACAUCCAGCAAAAUUAAACAAAAUAACGACAACACGAUUCAGGAUGAUAAUAGUGACCCCACGAGCAAUGGAGCUACUUCUCGCAGUGUUGAUGACGGCGAUACAGAAAUGUGUAGUCAAUCGUGUACUGAAGGUCCAAAGGAGUGCGAAGAGAUACAUGAAGAGACGGAGCAAAACAUUAGCGAUAAGCCUGAAGAAAAGCUCGGUCUUAAGGAGGAAUCUAGUGAUUCGGAAGUACCUACGGAAUAUAAAAUAACGUCCAAUGUAAUCGAAGAACGAGUCAACGAGGAAAUGAAUAACUUAUCACAGAUUAUAACGGAGAAAUUGAAAUUUCUUUCCGAGGGAAGAGACAGCGUUUCCGCUGUCCAGACAAUGCAAAUUCAGUUACAAACAUUAUCUGCUGCAUGGGGAGCAGGUAGCUUAGAGGAAAAUUACUUUCAAAAGUGGCUGACUAAUACAAAUCAUGAAUUGGAAAGAUUAGAACAAGAUGCAGCACCAGCUGGUUGGCUAUGUCAAUGGGAUAGGUCUGAGAAGCAGUACUUCUAUCACAAUACAUCCACUGGAACGUCACAGUGGACUUAUCCUGACACUGGAAUUGCCGGUGGCACUGAGGAGAUGGAAUUAUGCACGACUCCUCCGCCACCAGAAUCGGAAGAGUUAUCAGUCACAGGAUCUCCUGGCACGAAGAAGCCGAAGGAGAAGCAGGCUGAAGAAGAGGAUAAUAAGGCAGACGACGAAAACGCAACGGAGGGACGUUCUACGGAUAUAGAAGCCCCACCUCCACCACAGAUAUCUAAUCCGAGUCCGCCGCCGCCUCCAAGGAUAUUUGAAGAGGACUUGAAGAAGGACAAGAGAAAAAGAAAGAAAUCCGACGACAAGUCUUUGGACAUGAAGAGAAAGCGUUUGGGGAAAGACAGGAUAAUGAAUCUGGAUACGACGCAAGCAGUGAAUCCAGCCUUGGAAUCCUUGUCCUACACGCAUCCGCAAGCAGCUGUAUCACCGCAGACUUCGAUACCUGCAAAUCAUACGAAUAUGGAGCCUCUACCACCGGGCGUAGAUUUGCCAGACACCUCUUACGAAGCUGCAACCCUGAAGGGAAUCAUAUACAACGCAACGUCCCAACAAAGUAACCCGAUUUACGCACCUUCAAUACCAGACCCGACGAUACCUAUUUUAAGUCAUCAGCCGGGCUUGCUGCAGGAGCCGUUUGUUCAUUACCCAGCCUUUCAUCAGCAUUUGCACAAUCAGACAGCUACGAUCGCAGUUGCGAACAAACACAGUGGGCAGAGUGCAAUUCAGUUCAUGCUAGGAUACACGCCAAUGUACUCGAACAACAAAAUCAUUGCCAAACCCCCAGUUAAAGCCGCGAAAGAAUCCCUAGGAUCCGCUCUCGACUCCUUUUACAAUGAUAUCGCGCGUAUUGAAAAAACGGAAACGGAACGGGCAGCAGCACAACAUCAAGAUGUCGUGGUAAUGGAGCAAAUAUCCGCACCAAGUAUGGAGGAAGCAAAACUGCCAGAAACGGAACCGGAAUCCGUGCCUUGCUGCGAUACAACGACAAAGGAGAAGAAAAGGAAGAAGUCGAGAAUCAGCAUUAGCAAGAAGCAUAAGGAGAUGUCGACCAUGGUGGCAAAAUGGCAGAGGGUACAAAAAAAUCUAGAAGACGCUGUGUAAAUAAUAGAAGACCGGUUGCAAUAAAGUAAUUAAUUGUCGUUGUACAUUAAUCGCUGUACAACAAAUGAUAUUAUGUAGAGGUUGGAACUUGUAACACUGAAGAUUCAUGAUUUUCGUUGUACAUAUAUCAUAACAUGUUUCUGGUAUCGUGCAAACUGCAGCGGCCUUCCGUAUCACGUUAACGAUAUUUUCUCUUAUUGAUUGAGAAAUUAGAACGUUGCAUUUAAGAAUAAUCAUAGUGGCAAGUUGAUGGGACACUAUAGUUUCCUAUUACCUAAAGCUAUUUUGAGAUCACAUCGAUCUGCUGCUAUAAUUAUUGCAAACGAUGAGUGGCUUAAGAUGUGAUUUAAAAUAUCGAGACAAAUUUAAAAUAUCGUUCAAUGUAGUAUAGAGAAUACCACUGCAGCUUUGAAUCUUGUGUAUUCCAGAGCGUACGCAUAUUAUGUACGAUAUCGCGUAUAAUAAUCAUACAAUGAUAUAUCAUUUGUACCAUCUAAUGCAGUACUUAUCUCUCGCGUAACUAUUAACUUUAUGAUUUGUAAAAGUGUAAAAUAGAUUCCAUGAUAACUUUUA